CAGUUCAAGGAUGUUGACUGUAAACGAGAAAGUCAAUUCCUACUUUAAGAAUUGUAGCAAGCUAACUGCUUGUUGCGUGACUUUCAUUGCAAUUCUGUCAACUGGAAUUGUUUCUAAGGGGGCUAUGUUCUUCAUAAUUUCGUCAAUGAGCAACGAAUGGAUGGAAUUCUCUUUAGGAGAACGACGCGAAGAUCACGAUCAUUUCCGACACGUUGAAAGAUUCGCUUGUUGGAUGUGGGCUCUAUUCUUCAGCUUUGCAGUUCCUGAAUUAUUCAGUUUCUUACAAUCGCUGCACGUUUGUCUUUCCCGUCGCGAUUGCUGGAAGCGUCCUCGUUUAAUCGAUUUUACAAUUGCUUUUUUAUUUGAAACUGCACAGGCCAUCGGAAUGGCUUUUUUACUUGGCUCCGUUUUGCCAUAUCUUUCGGUGAUACACGGUAUCAUGAUCACCAACUGCCUUCAUGCAUUACCUGCUCUAUUCAAUUUUCUAUCCCGUAAAUAUGACGAACCGAAUCGAAUGGCUAAAAUGACGGCGGAUGGGAUCGCAUUUCUUGCCCAGUUGAGUGGCUGUUUGCAUUGGACGUUUAUCCAAGGCACUACGGCCAUUUUGACUAAUAGCUACGAUUUCAGUUUCAUUCAACGUCGGCUGAUGAUGAACUGGACACUACCUGUAUCCCUGAUUCUCAUUUCUCUUGGAUGGUGGGAAAAUCACGUCGAUAAAGACGUACCUGUCGGUUUUAUCAAGUUUUUGGGUCGAAUCAAAGAAAACAUGAAAGAGACGAGACCCUUUAUUCAGAUGUUUGUUAGCCUGUGGAAAUUAUUGUUCUUUGUCGGCACGAUGCUCAUUUUUGCGCGUGUGAUUUUCAUGACGCAAGAUGAGCGUGUGUUUGAUGCUAAUCUUGAUCACUUCCUUUUGUCUAUUAAAGAUGGUUUCAUCCAGUUUGCUGAUAGUUUAACGUCAGCGAACUUGACUUCUCCAUUCUACGUAUUCGUUAUCCAAACAACUGCUUCAUUUUUAUUCUAUUGUUUUGGCACGUUUGCGUGUAAAAUUGGAGUCCAGCGUUACUGUUUUGCCCUGCCGGUGACCUUGAUUACUCCUAGUUUCAUUUGCAUGUGGGCUGUGACGCAAUUUGAUUUACUCAAUUUAUGUCACGGCUGCCUAUCGACUGGAGCGCAAUACUUCACCGGUGGCAACUAUCAGAAAACAGUUAUAAUGAUUUGUCUGGGAUUCAUUUGGUUUCUCUCCCAAAUAUGGAUCACACUUCACAUUUGGAAGCCUUGCAACACAUCUAAUGAAAUGGAAACAAUCGAUACCAAAUGGUACAAUUCGUUUGUAAUUGACCAGUCAAUGAGUUUAAGUCCUCACUAUCAAACCGAGCACUGUAGUAUAACGCGCCUAUUUGGUGUUGUGACAAUGUGGCACGAAUCGACAGAAGAAAUUCAGACCAUCCUCAAGUCCAUCUUCCUAAUGGAUAAAGACCAAUGCGAACGACGUGUUGCUUCUGACUACAACAAAGUUACCGACCCACAUCUCUAUCAUUACGAAACGCACAUCUUUUUCGACGAUGCAUUUGAAUGGAAUUCAAAGGAUGGUGUAGCAUCCAGGGUCGUCAAUAAUUUUGUGAAUGACUUCAUCGCAAUGGUUCUUAGUAUGCUCUCUACAAGCACCGAUCCACCUGCGAUUAUACCUACACCAUAUGGGGGCUGUGUUGUGUGGAUUCUUCCGGGGCAGACAAAAAUGGCAGUUCAUUUGAAAGACAAAACAAAGAUUCGUGUCAAGAAGCGAUGGAGUCAAGUGAUGUACAUUGACUACCUAAUUCGGUACGAGAUGGCGAAUUGCGUCGACUUGUCCAAUAUCUUUUUCCUGUCACUUGAUGGGGAUAUGGAUUUCCGGCCAAAAUCUGUUCACAUCCUUGUGGAUUUGAUGAACGCUCAACGUGAUGUAGGUAUCGCUUGCAACCGGUCUCAUCCUACCGGUUCCGCAGGUCCCAUUGUUUGGUAUCAAAUAUUUGAGUAUGCAACUUGUUUCUGGUUACUCAAACACAGCGAGGAUCUCUUGGGAAGUAUACUUUGCGCUCCCGGCUGUUAUUGUCUCAUACGUGCUAGUGUUUUGAUGGACGAAGAAAUAAUGAACAAAUUCACUGCACUUUCAGUGAAAGCUCAUCACAUAAUCCAACGUGAUCAAGGAGAAGAUCGAUGGCUGUGUACCUUACUCAUCAAACGGGGAUACCGACUUGCCUAUUCCGCCUCAAGUUAUGCCUCCACUCAUUGCCCGGAGACUUUCAACGAGUUUUACAAUCAACGUCGUCGAUGGGCGCUAUCUCUAUUUGCAAAUACGGCAGAUGUGCUUUUGAAUUGCAGGCAGAUUGUCAAAAUGAAUCCAAAUAUUUCAUGGCUUUACAUCGUUUUCCAGGCCUUGUUAUUAACUAUGGGCAUUUUAUGCCCGGGAUCAAUUUUUCUCGGCCUGGUCAACAUCUCUGCAACUACAUUCUUUCUCAAUCCAUGGAUUAGUCUCGCUGCUCAUUCACUUCUCAUUUUUGUUUUUAUUGUGACCUGUUUCUUAGCCCCAACUCGCGUUCAGUUGGCGGUGGCGAAAUUCCUCUCAGCUCUGUAUGCAAUCAUUUUGGCUAUCGAAGGAGUUAACUCCAUAGCUUCUAUUUGCGGAUACUAUGGCGUUGAAUCGUCUUGGACGAUGUAUAAUGUGUUCUUCCUCUCGUUGAUGUGCUGCGUAUUUCUGGCUGCCUGUCUACAUAUGAACGAAAUUCAUUGCCUUUUGGCCGGUCCCAUUUAUUUGCUGUUGACACCUUCGAUGGGCAUGUUACUCUUCUUAUAUGCCAUCGUCAACAUGAAUGUUGUGUCAUGGGGAACUCGAGAUUCCAAUUCCGCUGAAACGGCAACAGGAGAAACUGUCAAAAGGGAAACGGAAAAUCAUUCAAAUUUCGAUAAUAAAUAUAAGGAAAAAGUUAAUAGCGAUGGAUUAGUUCCGCAGAUUUCAAGUGAGAAUGACCAAACAUUCAACACGACACAUGAACUUCCAAUCAACAAUACAAGUUAUCAAUCAUGGGAGAUGGAACAAGAUGCAGAAGAUGCAGCUGUUCGCAAUGCAUCUAUUCCAGUAAUGUACAAUCAAAAUCCGUACAAAACACAGGCCUCCUUAGACUGGGAUUUGGAGACCGAAGUUAAAUUAUCGAAACAACUAUGUAACGUGAAAUGUUUGUCGGAAGACGAAAAUAGUUACUGGAACAGUGUAAUUGCAGAGAAGCUAUUUCCCGUUGUGGAUAGCAACCAAGAACAUAAGGAAAGGAUCUCAAUAGAUUUAAAUCGAUUACGGAAUUUGUCCUGCACAUGCGUUAUUUCGCUCAAUUUCCUUUUCGUUGCAUUGAUAUUUGGGAUGCAAGUGAAUACCGACAUCUCAAUUUCACAAGGAUUAAACAACACAAACAGUUCUAGCCAAAACGACACGUUCGAGUUAACUAAAUUCAAGGAUGAAUGGGGGUUGCAAACAAAUCCAAUGCAUAUUGUUCUGGUUGUCUUAGCCGGUCUUAUGGUCGCCAUUCAAUUUGUCGCCCUCUUGGUUUCUAGAACGAAAAAUGUAAUCCGAUUGUUGUCAUCUGUAGAGCUCAACUUCUUCCGAAAGAAUCCAGCGAGUAUCGUUAGCGCCAACGGGAAGCCACAUUCGAACCACGUGGUUUUAAUUCGCUUCGAUCCUGCUGCUAAUCAUAAAGAAAAAAAUUCAGACUCGAAUCACCACACAGAUUUGAGCCAAAUGAGCAUAAUUUCACAGUUUUAAACAUUUUACGGAUCCUAUCGCUGACAGACG